UUCCUUGUACCUUCCCCAUUUAAUCUCACUUGCUUCACUCACAAGUGCUUUCUUUCUUUCUUUUUUCUUUUUUUGGUCAACUUGCUGUAUCUCAGAACAAGCAUAGAAGCUAAAAGACUUUAGGUGUGUCUUCCUUUAAGGGAAAGAAGAGAGGGGAGGCCGAGAACACACCGAGGAGAACCCUUCCCAACUUCCGCCUGUUUGAGAGAAACGUAAGACCAGAGUUCAAAAUUCAGGCAAACAUCUCUGAACCAACACAGGAAAACCCUCCACAACAACAUAAAUAGGCAAGAGAAAACUAUUGACUGCAAAACCCGGGUGGAAAUACAGGAACUCUGCUGUGAUGAGAUUCUGCUUCUUCCUCCUCAUUUUGUGGCCUGGGAUACUUGGCGACGUUCUUCGGCUAGACAAAAUGUAUGGGAGGAUCGCCUCGCCGGACUUCCCCAACGUCUAUCCUAACAGCAAGGAGAGGAUAUGGAAUAUCACUCUGCCGCAGGGCUAUGUCGUCCGCAUCUAUUUCACUCACUUCAACCUGGAGCUGUCUUACCAGUGCGAAUACGACUAUGUCAAACUGAACUCAGGAGGUAAGGUCGUGGCCACACUCUGCGGGCAAGAGAGCACUGACACCGAGGAGGCCCCCGGGAAAAAGAUAUACCGCUCCGUUGAUAACAAUUUAGCGGUGACUUUCAGAUCGGAUUACUCCAACGAGAAACAGUUCACUGGCUUUGAGGCCUUCUACGCUGCUGAAGACAUUGAUGAGUGUGAAGGGCAGCUUGACGGCGAGUUGCCUUGUGAUCACAACUGUCACAACUACCUGGGCGGCUUUUAUUGCAGUUGCAAAAUUGGCUACCUUCUACACAGGGACAAGAAGACUUGCAAAGCGGACUGUCCGAUUCAGGUGUUGACAGCAAGAACGGGUGUGAUCUCCAGCCCCAAUUAUCCCAACCCGUAUCCUAAAAUAUCCGAGUGCAGCUAUAGCAUCCGGGUAGAAGAUGGUUUCAUGGUCAUCCUAGAAUUUGUGGGAACCUUUGAUGUGGAAGACCAUCCAGAAGUGCUGUGUCCCUAUGACAUCCUGAAGGUGAAGACCCCCAAGAAAGAAUACGGGCCGUUCUGUGGAAAUUCCCCACCACCCAAAAUUGAAACGCGUAGCAAUACGGUUGAUAUCACGUUCGUCACUGACAUUUCUGGGGUUCACACCGGAUGGAAGCUCAGAUAUGACACAACAGCUUUGCCAUGUCCCAACCCUCAAGCACCACCCAACGGCCGAAUCUCUCCAGUGCAGGCAAAAUAUAUUCUGAAAGACUUCUACAGCCUGUCUUGCAACGUGGGCUACGCGCUUUUGGAAAACAAACUGAUUUUGGGAUCAUUCAAAGCAAUCUGUCAAAAGGACGGUACCUGGAACAAGGCAAUGGCCCAAUGCACCAUUGUUGACUGCGGCCCUGCCAAUGACAUAGCCAAUGGCACACUCGUAUAUGUCACCGGAAGAGACAUUUCCACCUAUCAAGCUGAAAUCAAAUAUAACUGUGAAAGCCCCUUCUACGCCCUGAAAACCGGCCACUCUGGUAAUUACCGGUGUGCCUCUGAUGGUUUCUGGAAGGAUCACAAGGGAAACAAAGCACCUCCGGUCUGUGAACCAGUCUGUGGAGUGCAAACGUCUAACACUUUGAAGCGUAUCUUUGGGGGGCAGAAGGCUCUUCCCGGCCAAUUCCCUUGGCAGGUUUUAAUCACGGACGUGCACGGAGCAAAUGGGGCUGGAGCCCUUUUAUACGAUAACUGGAUCUUAACAGCCGCUCACGUCCUGGGCAGCCCACCUGAUGCGUCCUCCCUGACUUUGAAAUUGGGGCUCCUAAACAAACGUUCCCCUCAUUACCACCAAGCCUGGGCAGAAUCAGUUUUUGUCCACGGCGGCUUCACAAACGAUGGCCUCAAUUUUAACAACGACAUCGCUUUGAUUAAACUGAAACACAAAGUCCCCGUUAACAAAAACAUCACUCCGAUUUGCUUGCCGGGAUACAACCCCGGCUUCCGCGUGAACACAAACGACACUGGAAUAAUUGCCGGCUGGGGAAAAACGGAACGGGCCCGGCAGUCCCGUUUCUUGUUGUAUACCGAGGUAGAUGUUGUCGAGCCGAACAAGUGCAAAGCUGCCUACGCAAACCGGACUUUGGGAGGAAGGCAACUCAGUCUGACGGAAAAUAUGCUCUGCGCAGGAACUGAGAUGGGGGGGAAGGAUUCUUGCUAUGGGGACAGCGGAGGAGCCUUGGUGUUUUACGAUACUAAGGCCAGGAGGUGGUUUGUCGGGGGUGUGGUCUCCUGGGGUCUGGAAUGUGGUUCUGCUGGGCUCUAUGGGGUCUACACAAAGGUGUCCAAUUAUAUGUCAUGGAUGGGGGACCUAAUUGCACGCCAUUCUUGAUCGGGUUUUGUCGUGUUUUUCAAUAAAGCAUAGAUCACAAUUA